AUGCGGGGCGCAGUGGCAAAGAGUUUAGACGACCAAGAGUUCUGCUCCGGCGAGAUGGGGCCUCACCGAUUGCAGUGGUGUCCCCUUCAACCAUCAGUUCUGCGCCGCGAUGUCUUCUUGGCCGAAGGAAUGUCCCGGUUCCUCUCCUCCCCAGGGGAACACCAAUCCUCGGCGCCUCACGCCGAGGAUGUGAACUAUUACAAUGACUCACACGUUGCUGACGAAAUUGAGCCGUACGAGACGAUGUUCUACUCGGAGCAGCCCUAUAAGCAAGACGAUGAAUCCGAUAAAAUAUCCAGCAGUUUCACCGUAUCUUCUGCUCCGUGGGGUGUUGACGCUGAAGAGGACUGUGUCGACAUCGCCGAUUUCGACGUUACCAAGUUCGACGUCGCCAAUUUCGACGCUUCGGCCCAUUUCGCGACCACAGUGGCAGCCGAUUCGGUGAAUCCCGAGACCGUUACCCCCGUGGACGAGGGCGAAUUGUGGAACUGUUUCGAUGACGACAACAUCUCGGCGGUUAUCGACGAAAUUUUAAUGCAAGAAGAUAUCAAGGAUGACCCAGAACCGCUUGCGUAUUUUGCUCCGGACGAACCCAGCUGCUCCUUCACAGAGCCAGAAUUCAAGGCAGUUCUUCCCGUUUCAACCCCUGGAGAAGAUCCCUUGCAGACAGCUAUUACGUUGACGAUUCCAGAAGUCAAGUACUCGGACCUUUCGACGAUUGAUAUUACACAAUUGGGAUCCUGCAGUGCGUCAUUUAGCGAAGCUCCGCUAUUCACCGCGGAGUCAGUUUCCAGCAGUGAAGCGUGGUCUCCGUUUUCCUCAGCCAGCAGCGAAUCAGAAUCAGCCUCAAGCGGGAUCCGACGAGUAAAGAAGUCUCGAGCUAGAAAGCCCUGCAAGAAGACUGUUAGUGAGGAAGAGAAGGUGGAGAAGAAGAAGCUGCAAAACAGGGAGGCCGCGUCGCGGUAUCGCGAAAAGCGUCGACUUCAGAUGGACGAACAACAAAAGGAGUUGGAUGAGCUUGUGAGGAUCAAUCGUCGGCUGGUCGCAGAGUACAAGGAACAGCUCAUCAAGAUGAAUGCGGGGAAGGAGUUUUUCAAGAGGUCGUUAAGCAUGAAUCUGGACAACAUGGUGUGCAUACGAUGCGAAGAGGCCUUUGACCCUCAAGAGAAGGUCGUGAACUCCAACGGAGAGUUAUGGCAUGCUCAAUGCUUCACAUGCUGUCAAUGUUUCCAGCCAUUUCCCGACGGAGUUUUUUACGAGUUUGAUGGCCGACGCUAUUGCGAGCAUGAUUUCCACGUACUCUUCGCUCCUUGUUGCGGGAAAUGCAAUGAGUUCGUCAUCGGGAGAGUAAUCAAAGCUAUGAACGCUUCUUGGCAUCCCUCGUGUUUCCGUUGCAACAUGUGUUCGACGGAACUUGCCGACAUGGGUUUCAUGAAGCAUGGAAACGAGGCGCUUUGCCACGAAUGCUUCGCGAGGGUGAAAGCUGCCGCCCGGGGGAAGCACAUGUGUUUCAAAUGCCACCAAGUGAUUGAGGAAGGACCGUUGAAAUUCCGCGGGGAGUUCUAUCAUCCAUACCACUUCAAUUGCAAUGCUUGUGGAAUCGAACUGACGUCCGAUGCUAGAGAAGUUACUUCGAGGCCAGGAUAUGCUUCGCAGGACGUGAACGAGCUUUACUGCUUGCGUUGCCAUGACAAGAUGGGAAUCCCGAUUUGUGGUGCUUGCCAUCGUCCGAUCGAAGAACGAGUUGUCACUGCUCUUGGGAAAAACUGGCAUGUUGAGCAUUUCGUUUGUGCACGGUGUGAAAAGCCGUUCAUGGGCAAUCGACAUUACGAGAAGAGAGGACUCGCGUAUUGCGAGACGCAUUAUCAUCAGUUGUUCGGCAACUUGUGUUAUGUGUGUAACCAAGUGAUCGCUGGAGAUGUCUUCACGUGCAUGAACAAGGCUUGGUGCGCGGAUCAUUUCGCCUGCUUCAUUUGCGAUCAGAAGCUCAGCACGAAAUCGAAGUUUUACGAGUAUGAUUUGAAACCGGCGUGUAAGAAGUGCUACGAGAAAUUGCCGACGGAACUGCGUCGCAGGUUGAAGAAGAUGCACGACGAACAAGCUCGAAAGGCCGGGAACGGUUCUCCAGUUCAAUUCUCGUCGCCACAAAGUGCCGUUGCAGUGGCACCUGACAGCCCGUGA